UCUGCAGUGCUCACGCGUCCCUGAUCGCGGUCAUGGCAACCCUCGCCUCCUCCUCCUCGUCCUCCUCGCCGCGGUGCGUCCCCUUCGCCUUCCGCCGGGAGCGCCGCGCGCGGGGGCUGCCGCCGCCAGCAGCAGGUGACCACGCCGCCCCCGGGCCGGCGGCAGGGUGCGGCAGGCCGCUGUGCCGCGCCGCGGAGGUGGUGGGCGGCGGCAUCCGGGGCGCCUUCUUCGCGUCCCUGGACCGGUGCUCCUGCGUCGAGGUGCGCACCAAGCACGACGACUCAUUCAGGAUGGCCGACGCCGCGCCCCUGAUGCGCGUCGACGGCGGCGCCGCCGACUCCGGGAGGAGGGCGUCCGGGAAAAAAGGCAACAAGCAGCGCCGAGGACUCGGGUGCUGCGCUGCCAACAGCACAAGCAUCAACUGAUCGUCGUUCCAUUCAUCCAUGGCGAGCUACUAGCUAGUGGAAAAUAAAUGAACGUACUACUAGCUAGCUAGUUGGACUCUUUGGACUCCCUUACUUAUUUGUGUUUCUUUUCUCAGUUAGUUCUUGGAUUGGAUCAUGCAUGUACUCGGUCCGAUGUGUGAAAUCAUGAUGGAUGCGCCAGUACAGUAGAGGUGUAUAUGCUGUGUAUGCAGUUCAUCGUCUGUUCUUGACCUCGAGCGACACUGCUGAUUCAUCCAACGGAGCAGUGAAGAGUGUAGCGUUUUAAUUUGUCUAUAAAGUAAUUUCAAGUCU